UCGCCAGUUGGCAGCUAAAAAUCCGUACACUCCUGUCCGUCCUGUUAUGUCCUGUCCUGUCCUGAGCCAAUAAUAACCAAUCCGCAAACAUCUAAAUUCUCGAUCCCCACCUUCAGUAUCUCAUAAAAUUCCCGCUCUACUCGUGCGAUCUCCCAUUUGGCUUCUCCUUCUUCCUCUCCUCCCUCCCACCGACACCAAUGAAUCCCAAAACCAGUAAAGGAAAAUGGAGGUUCAACCCUAAGCUAGGGUUGACUGUUGUCUUUCUCUCUUCCUCCUUCUUCCUCGCCGGUCUUUUUGCUUCCAAUCUCAUCUCUCAGGAUUUAUCUGGAGCUAGGCAGAUACCAAGGCAGCUCCAAUCGGUGAAAGAGGAGAUUAUCGACUAUGAUUUAUUGCCUCCAGGAAAGACUGGAGACGAUUCUAUUACUGUGAUCCCUUUUCAGGUUUUGAGCUGGAAACCGCGUGCUUUGUAUUUUCCUAAUUUUGCUACUGCAGAGCAAUGUCAAAGCGUAAUUAAUAUGGCAAAGCCAACCCUUAAGCCCUCCACUUUAGCUUUACGGAAGGGAGAAACAGAAGAGAACACAAAAGGAAUCAGAACCAGCUCUGGCAUGUUUAUUAGUGCUUCUGAAGACAAAACUGGGGUGUUGGAUGCUAUUGAGGAAAAAAUUGCUAGAGCCACAAUGCUUCCCAGGGCCAAUGGAGAGGCAUUCAAUGUCUUGCGCUAUGAGAUUGGGCAAAAGUAUAAUUCUCAUUAUGAUGCAUUCAAUCCUACAGAGUAUGGCCCGCAGAGAAGCCAACGGGUUGCUUCUUUCCUGUUAUAUUUGUCUGAUGUAGAAGAAGGUGGGGAGACCACGUUUCCAUUGGAGAAUGGCAUGGACAUUGAUGAAAGUUAUGACUUUGAAAAGUGUAUCGGUUUGCAAGUAAAACCACGCCAAGGGGAUGGACUUCUAUUCUAUUCGCUAUUCCCAAAUAAUACAAUUGAUCCGACAUCGCUGCAUGGAAGCUGUCCAGUAAUCAAAGGGGAGAAAUGGGUGGCUACAAAGUGGAUUAGAGAUGAAGGACAAUACGAAUAGAAUACUAGCACAUGCCUGCAUUGCCAAUGUUUUAUGUUGCUUUUGAUUGGAUGUCGACAAAGAAAAAUAAGAAACUUUCAAGCAGUUAUUCAUGUCUUUUUGUUAAGUUAAUUUUUAUAGUAAUGUAUAGGAGUGUAUAAAAAAACUGUCAAACCGAUUAAUCCAAUCAAUUAGUAUAAAUCCAAAUCGAAAUUAGUAGUUUUUUGCAUUUAAA